UCGAAAUCUCAUGUAUCACCCUCUUAUUAGUGAAUAUUUACGAAAAUAUUCUGUAGACAAAUCCUUCUUCUCGUCUUCUCUAGUCUUCUUCGUGGCAACAUUUGGUAAUUUUCUCCAUUGUCGGUGUCACUUUAAUUUAAAUGAACGUAGACUCUGCGGAUUGCGGAAGUCGAGCAAUCUACGGUCGGCCAAUCCCAACCAUUGCCGCCGUUUAACGCUUCGAGAACCAGGUCGGGUUUUCCGGCCGGGCUUCGUCCUUCUCUUUCUAAAGUCAGGGUAAGCCGAGGAAGGUGAGAGAGAGAGAGAUUGCGAUCAGAUCUCUGAAACGGAAUGGCAAUGUCUAGCUCUUGCUGCAGAGUGGCAUCGCUUCUCAUUCUCCAGCUCUUUGUGGCGGCUUUUAUAAUAUCCCCGGUGACGGCGGAGAUCCGCGAGACGAAGGUGAGAUCUGACGCCAGGACGAUCAUCCCCUUCGACGAGUUCGGAUUCACCCACUUUGGGGUUCUUGAACUCAACGUCUCUGGCAUCUCCCUUUCGGAUACUAGCCCCGAUCUCGAUCUCUCUCAACUAGGGUUCUUUCUCAGCACUCGCGGCGCCUGGAUCCAUGUCCUGCAACAGAUUCAGGAACUAGGCGUCACCUGUGCUCUCCAAUCUGACCUGUUCGACGUUGUUUACACCUUUAACCAUCUCCAGGCCGCCGUCCCAGCCGUUCGCCUGACCAGCUUUGGCUCUAUCUUUAACGUAACCAAUCCGGGGCAGUACACCCUCCUCUUCGCCAACUGCAUCCCUGAGCUUCACGUCUCAAUGUCCGUCAAGUCUGUCAUGUACAACGUCGAGCCCCGUUCCGGCCGCCGCGUCUACCUUUCAGCCGGGUCAGCCGUCCUCCCCUUCGUUUACUUCAUUUUUUUCCUCGCCUACUGCGGCCUUGCGGCACUUUGGGUCUCUGUUUUGGUUCGCAAGCGGCUGACCACUUACCGUAUCCACUAUUUCAUGCUCGCCGUUGUCAUCCUCAAAGCGCUUAAUCUUGUAAGCGAGGCUGAAGACAAAUCGUAUAUCGAGCGAACUGGCAGCGCCCAUGGAUGGGACGUUCUCUUCUAUAUCUUUAGCUUCUUGAAGGGGAUUUCCCUUUUCACGCUCAUCGUUUUGAUUGGAACUGGUUGGUCCUUCCUCAAACCAUAUCUACAGGACAAGGAGAAAAAGGUUCUCAUGGUAGUAAUCCCUCUCCAGGUCGUCGCUAACAUAGCUCAAGUGGUGAUCGAUGAAUCUGGACCUUAUGCCCGAAAUUGGGCUACGUGGAGGCAAGUCUUCCUUCUUGUUGAUGUCAUUUGCUGCUGCGCAGUUCUCUUCCCUAUUGUCUGGUCCAUUAAAAACCUUCGGGAGGCGGCAAGAUCGGAUGGCAAAGCUGCUGUUAACCUGAUGAAGCUUACACUUUUCCGACAAUACUAUGUUGUAGUGAUCUGCUACAUCUACUUUACCCGGGUUGCUGUGUAUGUGCUGGCUACGAUUACAUCUUACAGAUAUCUUUGGACUAGUGUGGUUGCAGGGGAGCUUGCCACCAUUGCUUUCUAUAUAUUUACUGGGUACAAGUUCAGGCCUGAGGUUCACAAUCCAUACUUUGUGAUUGAUGAUGAAGAAGAGGAGGCUGCUGUGGAGGCUUUCAAACUUGAGGACGAAUUUGAAUUGUGAGGUUAGGAAUAGAGGAUGAUUAGUAAUUGAACUUUUCUUUUUCGCACAUAGUUAUGAUACUGUAGAACUAUUCUACCAUGGAAAGCCGAAACAGCACGUAAUCUUUAUAGUGUCUUGUUUUUUUUCUCUCUCUCUCUUUUCCCUACUUCAAAGUGGUCUCUUGUUUAACUUAUCAGAUGUAACUUAUAUAUGGUCUUGUACAUCCUUUAUUAA